GAUUGUUUGCUAAAACCUCCGCUUUUGUGACCCCUACCUGAAAAACCAACCAAAAAUCUUUCAUUCUUCUCGCGCCGCCAUGGUCGGACUUACCAGACCGAGAGCUGCCGCGUUGCUGCUCUGCCAACUGUGUAAAACCAGAGCCUACGGAUCGUCAGCUGCGGCUCAAUUGCAGUACGACUACUACGACGAGGAGUAUGAUUUGGAUGGGGAAAACAGCUGGAUGGCGCCUAGAAUUGGAUCGGCUGAGUCGUCGCCAAAGAGAGGUGUCCACUGGGUGCUUAUUGGAGACCCGGGGGUGAAGAAACAUGUGUACGCCGAGCGUUUGUGGAAGCUUCUAGAAGUUCCUCACAUUUCUAUGGGAAGUCUUGUUAGACAAGAGCUUAACCCUCGCUCCUCUCUCUACAAACAGAUUGCAAAUGCUGUAAACGAAGGAAAGCUUGUUCGAGAGGAUGUAAUAUUUGCAUUGCUCUCGAAGAGGCUGGAAGAAGGAUACUAUAGAGGGGAAAACGGCUUCAUUCUAGAUGGAAUUCCUCGCACAAGGAUCCAAGCUGAGAUUCUUGAUCAAAUUGUGGACAUCGAUCUAGUUGUGAAUUUUAAGUGCACUGAAGAGCACUUGGUUAAAAAGAAUCUGGACGGGGAAGCCUUUUCUUCUCGCUGGGAGUUUCUUAGCACGAGGAGUUCCAGGUUUUCCACGGUUGAAGCUACCGCCGCCUGGAAUGAAAAAUUCCGAAUCUACGCUGGGCAGGCAUUGGAAGAUUACUACAGGAAACAGAAGAAACUUGUUGACUUUCAAGUGGGAGGGGCACCUGGUGAAACCUGCCAAGGCUUGUUGGCUGCAUUACACCUACAGCAUUCGAAUACUGUUAGUGAUUCACCUAAGCUGACGGCAUGAUUUGGAGUUUCAUCUGAUGAAACACCAUUCUUACAGGAAGUUGAAAUUUUGUUUGAAUUGUCCAGCUGGACCUGAAUUUUUGUCUUCUCUGUUUUACCCAUUUCAAUGCAAUCAAGAUAUGAGAAUCGAGAUGAGUACCCAUUUCCACCACAAUAUUCUAGCAUCAAGGGCCAAUUUUCUCUUGAAAAUAUUCAUACAAGUACUUUCAAGGUUACAGAUUUGAGAAUUUAUUUUGACAAUUGACAGCUACUAUAAUUGCAAACCACUUAUUAUUAUUAUUAUUUUGAACAUCAGAUUUACAACA